AAAGUUACGUUUGUUUGCUUUGAAACAAAUUCUAUUUCUAUUGUUGUAAAGUUUACUUGUUUGUUUGUUUCUUUAUAUUUUAUAGCGCUGCAAAAUGAGCGAGGAACAACAAUUGCCAACAACUGAAGCAGAGCAAGAAGCCUUGCCCAAGCAGAAAGUGCCAACAAUUGAAGUAACUGCUGAGCAAGAUGCAGCGCCGACAAUUGAAGCUACAACGGGGGAGCAUGAAAAGCCUGAAACGCCGUUUGAGAGUGAAUCCACACAUGCCUUGCUUGAACUGGAAGCUUCCAGCAGUGCAGAAUCACGUCUGAUAACUGAACUGAAUUCACCAGCAAUUUCAGUCACCGCUAUAGAGUCCAAGGACACCAAAGUAUCGAAGCUGAGCCAAGCGCCGGCGAAGACAACAGCAAAAGCCGAAACGAAAUCAAAAACUGCUGUUAGUCCAGACUCUCAGCUGAGCAGCAGUUCAGCCAAAAAGUCCAAAACAUCGCUUAAGAAAGCUAAAGACGCAGCCAAAAACCAAACGCUAAGUCCAACUUUAAGCUUCAGUCCGCGCAUUGGCAUGCAACUGUCUUCGAAACCUCACUCCAAGACCAGUCUGCAGUCAAAAACAUCGCGCAACUCAAUAAAGAAAAAGGCCAAGACCUUUAAAGGCCAACUAAGUGGGGUGCAUGUGCUUAAAAAACAAAUAGUCGACAAAUUGAAAGAGAAACCAAAAUUCAUACCCAUUGUAACAGAUCUGAGUGUGCUGACCGAUAAUUUUUGGGGCUAUGAUGAGCUGAAGGAUGAGCAAACUGAAGCUCAGCACUCAGACUCUGAGAGCAGCGUAGAAGUUGUGGUUGAAACGUUGUCGCAGCGUUUUGUUGCGCUUAAGCGUUUAAUGGACUUACCCAACAUAGAGCACCUAACCGAAGAGGAGUGGGAUAAGUACGAGCGGCUGGAAUCCGCUGAAGAAACUGAGCUGGGUGAUGAUCAGGGCAAAUUUGUGCCCGCAGUGCAAACCUCGGUGACAACAAUUGAAAGUUUUGCCAGCUGGAAAUCGCAGCCGGAAAAGGUUGUGUCAGACGUUGACGAUGAACCGACCAUGGACAACAUGGAGGAAGGUGCAGCGCUUGCAAGCACAAAGGAGAGCUUGUCUACAGAGCAUUCGCUUAUCUCGCUCACAGGUUUAAUACAAAGCGACGAUGAGUUAUUUGCGCCGCGCAUCAUCGUUGUUGACGCUGAAAGUUUUACGCAGGACGCGCUGAUGUCGCUGCGUGAGGAAGGCACACGCACGUGGGAAGCUGUUGAAGUGCCGCUAACAGAGUCCAAGCUGCGCCUGAUUGAAACUGUCUGCGAGAAUGUGCUGGCUGAGCUCAUUAACUGGGCAGUGAAGCGGUCGGAGCAGCAUGAUCUCAAGUUGAAGCGACUGCUGGACAAGGAGAAGCUCUGGAGCAAGCUGUCGGAACUUAUUGAAUUGGUAUAAAGAUGAAGCAGUUUCAAGAAGCAGCGUCUCGAGCUGCUUGUUACCGACUAUAUGCAUCGCAAAAAGCGUUUUGUGUUUAUCAAGAAAUCCAAGCAAUUCGAUUGGCUCACCUACCAGCGCUUCUUGGCUGGCACAGUUGACCUUGAUCACAAGCUAAAGCGACAACUGCACACGAAUCGGAAUAGCCAGCAGAUCAGCAGUAAGCUGCGUGAACAGGCCGAACAGGCGCGUCUCGUGGACGAGCAGCGCAUCUUUGACUUUGAGCAAGUGGUGCGGCAGACUCUGCUCUUUGACGAUAGCUACGAGCAUCUUAAGCUAACGGUCGAAAAUACGCUGCGUCACAUGAACAGCUUUCGCAGUGAUCUAUCCGCAUUGCGUUUGAUUCUGAUCAAUACGCAGCAUCGAUUGGCCGAUAUUCAUAGGAGAUCUGAAUUGCUUGAGGAUCUAGGUCAUGGUCUGACCAUGCGCGAGUAUAUGGCCAAGCAAAGUGAUACGCAAGCACUGGCAGAAAAAAUUAAUGAUCGCAAAAAUGACUUGAAUCGCCUGAAUGCGAAAAUUAAUUUUGAAGUACAUGCGCUGGCGCAUCUGAAGUGCAAAGAGCAAAUGUGCGUACGCACCUGGAAACGCAUGCAGCACAAGCUGAAACUGCUUGAAAGCUGGAAGCGUCACUAUCGCGAACUCAUCUACAAGGGCAAACUGAAACAUGUGAAAUUCAUGCACGAUUUCUACAGAGCCAAAAACUCUGGCAGCCUAAAGCAUUUUCCGGAACUAAUGCUGGACUACGAUGCGACAGAGGAUGCGUUGGUGCUGAAGCGCAAAUCUGUGGACAAACUGCGGCAGGAGCUUAAUCGUUUAACUAGGCGUAUACGCCAUAUAGAAGCUAUGACGCGGCCAAGCAAAAAUACGCUCAAAAAUAUGCAGCAAAUGUCGUCGGUUAAUUUAGCGGCUUCGCUUGUUGUAAUGAAUGUAAGCUAAAGCAGUUGGUUGUUAAUUAAAUAAAUAGAAUU